AUGGCCUUUCCUGAGGGCCUUACCAGUCCAGAAAUGGAGAUCUCGGAAGGAGGAGUCAUUCUCGAUAACAGAACCCGCUUUGCCGAUUUGAAAACCAUGUUGGACAGCAGCAAAGAUAAUCUGAAAGUGGACGCGAUGAAACGUAUCAUUAAUUUAAUUGCAAAGGGUAAAGACGUCAGUGAGCUUUUUCCAGCUGUCGUCAAGAACGUUGCGGCCAAGAAUGUGGAGGACCCAACUCCCAGUCUGAUAAGGGCUAGCGCUCUUCGUGUGUUGUCGUCUAUCAGAGUCGGUAUGAUAGCUCCCAUAAUGCUGCUAGCCAUCAAGGAUUCUGUUCGAGAUAUGAGCCCAUACGUUAGAAAGUCAUUAUAUAAUCUUCUGACAAUACGCACGCUCGGAGCUGCUGAUCACUGA